CAACAGUGAAAUCACAAAAUGCCAUCAGAAGCUUUCUACACGACCAAUUUGCCCUCUGGCUUGCGAAUAGCCCAGGUUGCUGGCUUGACAGUCUCCGGUUUCCUUGCCGGCAAGACCUUCGCCGCAAGCACCGUGACUCCAGCUCUCCUCAAGGCUCCCGCACCUCUCCUAGCAAAGCAAUGGAAGACCAUCUUCGACGCCGACAAGCUCAUCUUCCCCGUGACUUGCAUCUUCAGCGCAGGUGUGUUUGGCUACAUCGGCUACCGUGAAGACAAAUGGACUCUACCCGCGACUCUCUACACAGCUUCUGCCUCGCUUUUGCUGUCUCUGGUGCCGUAUACUUUCCUGCUUAGCGAGCCGAUCGUCCAGAAGCUGCAGAGGAAGGCGCAGUCUCUGGCUAGUGUUGCGAUCACGGAUGCUCAGGCUGAGAGUGGUUUGAAGCACGAAGAGACCACGCACGCUUUGGUCGACAAGUGGGCCACGAUCAAUCUUGGCAGAGCGGUGAUCUCUGCUGCUUCCACUGCUAUCGCGAUCUGGGCUGCUGUUGACCGGACUGAGGUUGUACCAGCCACGGCUCGUUUGGCAACAGGUGCCAACCGCUUGGGCUGAAAACUGGGCAUUGAAUGAAGAUGAUAAGGCAAUGAUGCCAGAAGAACGGCACGAGAGUGAUCCCUUAUGAGGCCUUUCAGCAUGCAGCAUCCUCACACGGCAGUAAAAGUGACGUUCGAGGCGAUAAGAGUCACUGUACGGAGUAUGUAUGAGAAUAAUGAAACGAAGGCAUGAAGAUUCUC